AGAUCUAGUCCUGAAAAGUACUAAGGAUUAGAUGAAAAGCUAAUGAACAUGCCUGCUUAUGUAUGAUGCCUGCGAAGAACGUUUAAGCGACAACAUCAAUGCCCUGCUCGAUCCUGGACGCACAGUCGCGUCUUCGCGUUCUCGCUUGCUGGUCUUCAACACAUCGCAGAAGGACGAAGAUAUUCUUGGCAUAGAUGUUGAAACAGAGAAGACAUUAUAUUAAUUGAGAGAUCAACACAUCAAAGGAGAAGAAAAAUCAUGUUAGGCAACAGAUCCUCCGGUCUGCCGGACAUUAAGCGUCCAGGCAGUGCGCAAGUGCGAGCCGCGGAGUCAUUUGGCGGAGGCAGCUCGUCUUCAUCGUCGAAAAGGAGGCCGCAGAGUGCACAACCUAGAAAUACUGCUCUAGAGGACCCAUGGGCAGCAUUUCAACCAGGAAAUAAGACGAGACCAACUUAUGGAUUCUUGGAUCAAAUGUUGUAGAUGUAGACGUACUAAUGUACUAGAAGUAGGUCCUGCUUUUCAAAGGACGUAAGUUGGAGACUGGUUAAUAUUCCAAGCAACCUCGGGGGCAACAAUCUCGUUAGAACAGUCCACCUUCCCCCGUCUUGGGAAGAUGAAAUCACCUACAACUACAUUCAUGCAGCAAGACCCGGAGGAGGGACUACGGUCACCGCAGGGGGAUCCAAAAGGCUAAGCAGCAGCUCCAGUAGCGGCGCCUUGACAGGAGGAGGAAGAGUUAGGUACUUGCAGAUGUUUGGCACUAGGAGGCUUGAUUGAUGAGCCGAUGAAGAAGAUAAGAACGCUAUCGUUGGGCCGCUAAGUAGUAAGUUAUAACUUCUACUAGUACUAGUGCAAGUACAAGAGCAUUAUCAUCUUGAGACAAUGAUAAAAUAAUAGCCAGACGAGGAAGUACUAGAGCUUGUUGAUCAUGUUGUCCGACUUCGACAAGAACUCCUCACAGCUCCGCCGUUCCCACCGGUGGCAUUUUGGGAGGUACCGGGAUAUAUUCGGAGUCACAAAGGCCACCAGUCCAGAUGAGUGAGAGUGCGAGGAUACGGUAUUUGCAGGAUCAGUUGUUGGAGAUAAAGAAAGAAACGCAUGCCCUAAAACAGAAGCAGAUGAAAUUAGCUGCGAGACAGAAGCUCGCUGAAAGACAACUUGGGAGAAGGGACAAGUUAUGUCGGAAAAAUUACUACAUCUAUAACUACUACUACAACAGAUGUUGACCAGGAUGAAGAGGACAGUGACUUCUACCUCUUCUAUGCAGUGGGUACUAGAUCCCGAUGAAUACAGCGCGAUACACUCGCCUCCAUUUUCUACAACAAAAUCAAAAUCUUUAUUUCCCAUCGUCCACCUACCUUUUGUCUGAAGAUCAUUCUUUUCUUCCCUCUUUCUCGUCCUCCCGCGAUUCAUUUCCGAGCAUGAAGCAAGUAGCGGACUCAGCGAGCGCGAAUGCACCUGUACCCGUAGGGUUGCUGGAGAACCUGAAGCAGUUGAACCAUAACGGCGUGGGCCUCUAUAAACGAAAGAGGGCAGAACUAGAGUCCCACCUGCAGGAAAAAGACGCGCGAAUAGCCGAACUCAAGAAGGAGCCACUCUUCACCAAAAUAGUCGAGCUAGAGGCGAUCCUGACAUGCUACCAGAAUGAAUUUUACGAAGACUAACGAGAAGAUCAUGACGUCGAAUUGGAUGUAGUUGACGAUCAACAUGGAUCUGCUAUCGUGUAGGUAACAAGUCAAGCUCGCUCGAAAGUAGAACGCCAUAAUUCGUCACGUUGAUUUAUGGUAAGUGUCAACAUCGUUGUCAUCGUCGUGUCUCUCCUAAUUUCCUACGCGCCUCCAACGCUUACAGCGUGAUAGUCAAGGGCACCUUAGCGAUGCAGGGCAAGAGGAGAUCGAAGUACUGAAGAAAAUGGUGACCAGCAAGAAUGCCGAAGUCGACGCUUUGAUUAAAAUUACGGCUACUUUUUCACUAUUCCAUGUGGACUAUGCUGAGUGAGAGUCCCCUUGGUUUAAAGGGGAAAACAGGGGCAAAGAGAAUAUCUCACUUACGCAGGAGGCAUAGUGAACACCCAGCGCUAAAGAAAGAAAAACGAGACAAGCAGCCGAAUUAGAGGAAGCAGAGACAGAUUACGCGGCGUUUAUGGAGGUACAACUACGUGUGCGUGCUUUGCAAAGGUGAAGAUGAUUUGCGCUAAUUUCUAGUAGUAUCCAACUUCUUCACGAUCAACAUCAACAUGAAGAUGAAUAUCUUCUUCUCAAAAAAUAUAUCCUCGUUGUAAAAAACACACUUACAUAGGAGUACAAGACCGUAGAGGACGGCCUCAACGGGAAGCAUGCGGAAGUGAAGAAAGUGUACGACCGAUUCAAAAAGCUGCUGGAGGACGUCAAAAGGAAAGAGCAAAUGCGAAAGGAUUUAGAACAAGUGGAAGAGGAUGUUCAAGCCUGCGACGCCCAACUAGUGAAAGCAGAAGUGGGUUUAGCCCACCACGCGUCCGUAGCUAAUCGAAUCGACAGGGCUGUUGUCUCAGAAUGCACCGGUUCUGCUCAGUCUUCAUCUGAAACCGAAGGUGCAGAAAAAAGUGGGGGCUUGAGUUAUGAAGGAAACGUGAGGAACAAGCUGCAAUACAGAUUUCGAUUUGUAUCUACAACUUCGUUCCUCUACUUCUUUUGGUGUUGUAUUUGAUUUUUUUCUACUCAUCUCUUUGAGAUCGAGUCUACGUCGUUAGACUGUCUAAUCCAUCCUUUCUGGCCCAGCGAAGAACUUGCUCCAUCGCAUGAAACGGCGAAGCCAGGCAAGAGGGAGAGAAGACCCGACGAAGGAAAGUACUAUUACAACAUUGUGUUUUCCUAGGUGCCCAAGGGUAUGAAGUAGACGAUUUAUAAGCAGUAGUACUUCAUCUAGAACAGCAAGAACAUGUUGUUCUUGAAGACUGUUCAGUUUAUUUCUGCUGCUUGUUGUACUUUACAAUUACAACUACAACUAGAUAAGAAACGCGAAGUGCAACGUUGCAUUCCUUGCUCCUAUUUGAAUCUUCAAGCUGUACUAGGUAUGUUGCAACUGUUUCAAGAGGCUGAUGCAGACCGAGACGGCCAGUUGUCAAAUGGGGAGUUGCUCACAGUGCUUGAAAAGAUGGGCGUAAAUGUCACAGCAGAGGAUGUGUCUGGGCUGAUGCGCGCUUUUGGCAAUCGGUUACCGCAGUAUCUCGAUAUACUCAUACUAGCCAGCGCUCAGCCUGCAAGCGAUGGGGAUGUUGUACUACGAAAAUUCUUGAAAUCAGUAUCAGCGUCUAAGUAGUACAACUUAGAGAUUUGAUUUGUAUUUGUUAUAGUCCUGAUGAAGUAGAGGCGGAAGUGGAACGAAAUUGUUGUAGAAGAUGAGGAACAAAUUAGUCCUCUUUUUCUUCCACAAUGUGUGUGCUGACCUGCAAUUUUAAGAACAACUUCUCACAGCAUCUCCUCUCGUCGCUCACUGACGUUGACGUUGAGGAUUUGCGUAUGGGUCUGAAGCGAGCGGGCAUUUCCUACGUCACUUUCCGCGAUAAACUCUUGACCGCGAAGACCUAUUCGGAACUGGCCACCUUUCUAGGACAAGUAAUAUCUCCACCAGCCGUGGCGAAGUGGAGUCAAGUCAACGAGCUAUUUGGAGCGGGCAUGAUACUCAUGAGAGUACAUUCGUGGAUGUAGGCGGAUCUAUUCAUCAUGAAGAGAGACGUACACGACCUAGUUCUAGAUUUACUACAUUCGUGGUUGUAGGAAGGAGAAGCUGUCUAGCGCUACUUCUAGUACUAGUUUGUACUACUAUAUGGGCAAUAGAGUUGGAUUUGAUGCAGUAUAGUAGAUGAGCUCGACGACUCGUCGUUUUACUAGUUUUCGGAACAAUUUCGUUGAUUUUUCAACCUUUAUCCAAACAGUUUAUUUUGCUUCUUUCUAACUAAAAAUGGAAAACUCAAGGUCAAGCUAAGUAGUAGGGUCUUGUCAAUAUUUAAUGUUCAUUAACAAAAUCUCCAGUGGUCGUUGAGCCACUAAGGACGGUCUCAGCUUGCAAGGGCUGCCUUAGGAUGAAUGGAAUUUUAAUCCUAAAUAAGGUGAUAUAGUAGAAGAUGCAACUCCAGUUUUUUUUCAAAAAUAACAAUCAGAAUCAGACGAGCACCGAG